UUUCUCCAUUUCUCUCUCCAGAAGAUCGACGGAACCGAUUUCUUGAGCAAACAGAAGCAAAAGCAUUCGCGUUUUUUGGAAUUGUGGACAAGUCGAACCGAGAACUGAGUCAUUUGGACGGAGGAAUUGUUCGGAAGGAUUCAAGAGAAGAAAAAGUUCUAAGAAUAAGCUUUUGGUUUUGGCACAUCAAUUGAUCUCUUGCUGCUCAAUCUCGUAGACAAAUUUACGUAAUCACUGGUCUUCACCUCAGAAGACCUGUCGAAGCAGGUUUAGCUUCAAAAUAAAGUCUCAGAACAAUGUAUCCUGUUUAUAGUUACAUGGAUUCAUUUCCCCAGACUCAUUCCCAUCCAAGAAAUCACAUCCCGUACCCUCACCAUUACUAUCCGAGCUGGGAAACUAUCCCUCCUCAAAUGAAAAUUGAUCCAUCUGAACCUCCAACAACUUUCAAAUCUUGGCCGUACAAUGGCAGCUUUGGCUAUCCACAGACAACAGAAUGUCAUUCCUUCUGCAACCAUAGUUACCCAUCUGGCUUCUACAGUUUCAGACCUCCACAUGCUCAUCCCUCACCACCUCCUCCUUUGUAUUAUCAUGGACCCUAUCCUCUUUAUCCUGAUGCUUUCCCUACCUAUUUCGUUCCUCCGCAUCAUCCAGCAGAACAAGCUCGAUAUGAAUAUGAUAAAAACAUGGGUAGAGACCGUUGCUGUGGGUGUCCAAACCAUGCUUCUGAUCGCAAGGCUGAAAGUAAUGUGAAAAUCGAAGAAGCGAGGCCUGAUGUUGAGCAGAAGGAUAAUGAUUCUGCAGGGGGUCUGACCAAAAUGCCAAACCACCCUUACCCUAUAAUUUGGGUGCCACCUGGUUACAUGAAGGACGAAAAGAGCAGCAAACUUCCAGAAACAGAUCCGAAGGCUUGGAAUGGAUGGGUGCCACUCGACUUGAACAGCAUCAAAUCAUUGAAGUGGGGUGGUGAAGAGAAGGGAAACAGAGAUCAGCAAACCGAAGACAAGAUAACCAAUUUGCCUUUUCCGAUAAUCUGGAUGCCUGGCUAUGAUAAGGCUAAGGAGGUUGAAAAGAAGGAUUUGAAUGACAUUAAUGUCAGCCCGAAUUUCACAGAAGAGCCACCAAAGUCCAAGAUCAUUCCAGUGAAGCUUCUUGAGAAUGGUGAUCGUGGGGAUAAGCCAUGGGUUGCUGAAGAAAUUUUGGGAGGUGUUGAUUCAUCUGCUGUGCCUGCGAAAGAGACUAAACCCAAAAGCAAUCCUCCCAAGCAAAUAGAAGAUAGCAGAGAGACGCAGCCUCCCGAGACUACGACCAGAAGCAUUCCUGUGAAGCAUGUUGAAGAGAAGAAGUCUUCAGACAACAUUGCAAAGAAGGCAUCUAAACUGCCUCCUGUUUGUUUGAGAGUUGAUCCACUUCCUAAGAAGAAAAAUGGAAAUGGCAAUUCGAGGUCACCUAGUCCACCUGGUGUGAAAGACAGAAGGCCACAGGAUUCGAAACCAAAAGAGCCUGUCCUGGACAAGCCCAAGGAAGGAGAACCAAAGAAAAAGGAGCCUAAGGUUGUCGAGGUACAGGAAAAUAAGGUGGUCCAAAGUAACGAAGGUAAUCAGGCUUUGAAACCAAAAGAGCCUGUCCUGGAUAAGGCCGAGGAAAGAGAACCAAAGAAAAAGGAGAUCAAGGUUGUUGAGGUGCAGGAGAAGGCAGCGGCCCCAACUUAUGACGUUAAGGAAGGGUUAAAAGAAAAGGCGAUGAAGGUUGUUGAGGUUGAGAACAAGAAGAGCGUCCUGACUGACAUAGCCAAACAAGAAUUAUCAAAGGAGAAAGCGGCAGAGCCCAGGGUUGAGGCUGAGGAGAAUAAGAUGACUGAAACUGGGAAGGGAGGUGCGAAGAAAGAAGAUGAGGUUCAAAGUCAGGUUGGGGUGCAUACAGAUUCUGCUGAAGCUGUUUUGGAUAGAUCAGUGACUGAGACAGCAGAAAUAGGUGAAAGAAAACAUGCUUCUGAAGAAGGCAAGGGAACUGUGGAUGCUGCAGAGGUUAAAACUGGAGAGGAAAUGGAGAAGAUGGAGCUAUCAACCACAGAUGCAGCAGUCCUUAUUCAGUCUACAUAUCGCGGUUUUGAGGUCAGAAAAUUGGAACCAUUGAAGAAAUUGAGGCAGAUAGUGAAAGUUCGUGAGCAGGUGGGGAAUGUCAGAGAGAGGAUUCGCCGUCUUGAAGUCUCUAGUGAUAUGCAGCAGGAUGAGAAGCAAAGGCUAGUCAUUGGUGAGACUAUAAUGAAUCUACUCCUGCAACUGGACACUAUUCAGGGCUUGCACCCAAGUGUAAGAGAGGUCAGAAAAUCUGUGGCGAGGGAGCUGGUUUUCCUGCAGGAGAAGCUCGAUUCCUUGGCCACCCAGACAUCUGCUGGACCCACGUCCACAGUGGCUGAAGUGAUGCCCAUGAAGAUAGCUUCUGAAGAUCGUCACCGAGCUGCUGGAGAUGUCAGUUCUUCUAUGGUAACAGAGUCCACUUCUGAACCUGAUGCAUCAGUGGAUCCACCUACUGCUGGACGUGUAGUAUCUGAUUCUGGUAAAAUAGAGGAAGUUGUAGUACCGCCAACAGUAGAGAAAGAAGUGCUUGAAAUUGAACAAACUUUGCAGUCUCCAUUGGUGGAGAAUGAAGGGCCAGUGUCCAAACAAGAGCCAUCUGUGGAGCCUUCAUCCUCAGCUGUAGCUGAUAUAUCUGGCUCUGGAAAUGAGAAACCAGAAAUGCUCGCUGUGGAAAAUGGAAGGCUGGAUGCUGUAGUGGAAGUGCUGGUGGAGCCACCACCACCAGUGAAUGAAGAUUCAAAUUCUGCACUCGAGGAAUCUGUCCGACUAGCAUUGGUGAAGGAUGAAAUGGUAGAUUCUGCAGUGGAGGGAUCCAUCGUGAUUGCAGCAAGAGAUGAGAUGCACGGUUCAGGAGCUGAGAUGCCGAAAGAGGUCCCACCAGUGCAGAAAGAUGAAGAGCCUGCUUUGAAGACGGAAGAAUUCACGGAGCCUCCAUCAGUGAAAGAGUCCAUAGUGGAGUCACUCUCAAAUCUAGCAGAAACUAGCAAAUUGCCAAAUUCAAUGCCAGAAGAAUCUGAGGAACCUCCAUCAGUUAAAGAUGUGCAUGAAAGAGAGGAUGCAUUGGGAACCAGAGAGCUGUUGGUGGAGGCUGUGCCAAUGGUGAAAAACGAGGAGCUUAGCUCAAAGUUGGGGGGAAUGAUAGAGCUGCUGUUAGAGAAGAGCGGAGAGAUUGAGUCUGGAGCUUCACGAGAACCUGCUGGAAAUGCAGUUGCAGAGCCACCCCCAGUGCAGACGGAGAAGGAGGUUGAUUCCAAUCCAGACGAGCUUCCAGCUCUUUCAGAAAUCUCAAGCCCUGGUGUGGAUUCUGUAGCUGAUGCUGAUGCCCCAUGUUCAGAACUUGCAGCUCUGGAUGUCACUGCUCCUGUGAAUGAUGUUGAGAAGGCCAAGGGAGGUGGUGAGAGGCUGGAAGUGAAGACUGCUGUUCUUGUUACCGAGGACACAAUCUCAGCAGAAAAUGCUCAAGACCAAUUACUGGAGCUUGAAUUUACCAAGAACAGAUCAGCAGAACCAGCUGAAGUUGGUGUCGAAGAUAAACCAUCUGCCUCUGUAACAGCUGAAGCUCCUGUUGCUCAAGUUGAAUCUCCUAGCUCUGAGGCAGCCAUUGUUGAAGUUGAAUCUCCUCUGGCAGAGAGCCUCUCAGCACCGAAAGAAGAACUUUCUGUUGCUGUUGAUGCUGAAUUGAGGACGGAAGAUGAGAAACCAAUGGGCGGGACGGAGAACCUGAAAGAGAUGUUGGAGAAGCUGAUAGAAGCAGGGAAACAACAGCUGACGGUCAUAUCGGAUCUCAAUAGUAGGGUGAGGGAUUUGGAGAGGAAGUUGACGAAGAAGAAGAAAUUGAAGGUGAGGCGACAACUGGUAGUUGGGUCUGCCUUCAAAGCAGUAGAUGGUCGGAUGGGAGAGAGGGCAGUAGUUACUGCCGUGUGAUUUGUAGCAAAUGCCUCUUUCUUCCUUCUGCAGUUACUGCAGUGUGAUUUGGAGCAAAUGCCUCGUUCUUCCUUCUGCAGUUACUGCAGUGUGAUUUGUAGCAAAUGCCUCUUUCUUCCUUCUACCUUUAUCUAAGGGAUUGUAGAUUUCUUGUUGUUGGGAAUGGGCAUGCAGUUAUAAGAGAAAAUGAAUAAUGUUCAAGAUA